GGUUCACGCGACAAAUCAAUACGUAUUUGGGAUGUAAAAACUCGCGCCCUCUUGAACACGAUCCCGGAUGCACACAACGGUUCGGUGAUUAGUGUGAAAUUUCAAUCAACGUUUGGUGUAUCAGCAGGAUCAGAUGGUAGAUUACUCAUCUGGAAUUUUGGUACUGGUAGACAACUCGGUAAAGCGAAAGUCGUAAAAGUACUCGAAAAUCACACCGCUGGUGUUUUAGAUGCGGAUUUCAACAAUAACUAUAUUGCAUCAUGUUCAAAAGACUCUUCAAUUUGCGUAUACUCACGUAAAUCUCUCAAAUUACUCUAUAGAAUUGAUAACGCUCAUGAGGCAUCAGUAAAUAGUCUAUCAAUAACCAAAUCUAACGUUCUUGCAAGUGCAGGUGGUGAUAAAGUAAUUAACAUCUGGAAUCUUGAUAAAGGUGUACUUUCACGUAAAAUUGAAAAAACUCAUUCGAGGGGUAUAGCUUGUAUAGACAUCGACAAUGAGAUCAUCGCAUCAGGUUCAUCCGAUAAUACAAUACAAUUGUCAACAACAGAUGGUCAACUACUUUGUAGCCUCGCAGGUCAUCAAGGCCUUGUGAGAUCACUACAAAUUGAUAGUUCACGACGUAUCGUAGUUAGUGGAAGUUAUGAUAGAUGCGUGAAAGUCUGGAACCUUAAUGAAAUAAACGGUGACGUUCAAUAUGCUCGUAAAUUUGAUCAACAUGAAUCACUCAUAUUCGAUCUCGAUUUCGAUUCAAGAAGAAUCGUUACUGCUUCACAUGAUAAGCGGAUAAUGAUAGUAGAUUUCUCU